CCACAACUCUGCUUAUUCACACAACUGAACUGAAGAAAGAAGAGAAAAACCUUAAUCUGUUUCAUAGCCAGCCAAAGAAAUGGCGAGUGCAACGCUCUUUGCUAUCUUCCUUCUUUCUGCCAUAACUUUCUACCCUCCUUCAACCACUGCUCAACCUGUCACAGACGGGGAGGGUAACAUCGUUAGAAAUGGUGGCCGAUUCCAUAUAAGGCCAAUCUAUUUUGGAGGCGGCGGUGGAAUUGAACGAGCCAGAACUGGAGACGAAGGAUCCCCUCUCUCUGUUGUGCAAUCUCCCUUCGAGACUGAUCCAGGGCAACCAUGGAUUAUUCGAUCCUUGUUCAAAUCUCAAUUUAUUCCUGAAGGCAGAGUGAGUAUCAGUUACGAAUAUGUUGAACUCGGUGACUCUGUUGAGAGUAAUGAGUGGGUAGCUGUUAAGGGUCAGCCUGAAGGAACCGUCGUUAAAGUUGGCUACUCAAAUUCCGUCUCAGGUUUCUUCACUAUUCACAGAGCUUCCUUUGCCAAUAGCUAUAAAUUUCAGUUCUGUUCAACUGCUGGGUCCUGCGGUAAUGUUGGGAUUGUUAGGGAUGAAGCAGGGAACAGGAUUUUGGCCAUCGAUCAGGAUACCCCAUUCCAGUUUUAUCUUGAGCAACUUCCCUCUGAAGUAUCUAAAUGAAGCUCUGAACAUGAAAAAUCGUACACUUUCUCCGUUGGAGAGAGGUGUCUACGAUGUGCUUUGGAUGUAAUUAACUACCCAACACUAAGUAAAUAACAUAUCCAAAGCUUAUUUCUGUUUC